UACACAGUACAUAUUAACAAAGCUCAGUCUCAAACCCACUUUGUUAUCUGCAUUCAACUUCUUCCCUUCAGUGGCUGGAGUAGAGGUUCAACUUCAAGUGUUGAAAUGGGGGCAAUUUCAGCACCCCUUGUGGUUGUUCUGUUAUUUUGCUGCCUAGUUUCUGUCUCACAAGCGGAAUACUUGAAGUACAAAGACCCAACACAGUCACUGAAUGUUAGAAUCAAGGACUUACUGCAGCGGAUGACCCUGGAGGAGAAGAUAGGUCAAAUGGUGCAGAUUGAACGAAGUAUUGCCACUCCUGAAGUGAUGAAGAAGUACUUCAUUGGGAGUGUGCUGAGUGGGGGAGGCAGUGUUCCAAAAAUAAAUGCAUCUGCUGAGACUUGGAUCGAAAUGGUGAAUGGGAUUCAGAAUGGAUCUUUGUCUACACGCCUUGGGAUUCCUAUGAUUUAUGGCAUAGAUGCAGUUCAUGGCCACAAUAAUGUCUACAAGGCCACCAUCUUUCCUCACAAUGUUGGGCUAGGAGUUACAAGGGAUCCGGUGCUGAUAAAGAAGAUUGGAGAUGCAACUGCCCUUGAAGUUAGAGCUACUGGAAUUCAGUAUGUUUUUGCUCCAUGCAUUGCGGUGUGCAGAGAUCCUAGAUGGGGGCGUUGCUAUGAAAGUUACAGUGAGGACCCUAAGAUUGUUGAAGCAAUGACUGAAAUUAUUACUGGUUUGCAAGGAGACAUCAGUGGAAAUUCCAGAAAGGGGAUUCCCUAUGUUGCUGGAAAGAACAAGGUUGCGGCUUGUGCUAAGCAUUAUGUAGGAGAUGGUGGCACAUCCAGGGGUAUUAAUGAGAAUAAUACUUUGAUUAAUUAUAGAGGAUUGCUUAACAUUCACAUGCCUGCAUAUCAUGACUCCAUUGUCAAGGGGGUUUCAACAGUAAUGGUCUCCUACUCUAGCUGGAAUGGGAAGAAGAUGCAUGCUAAUCAUUUUCUUGUCACUGAUUACCUCAAGAACAAACUGAAGUUCAGGGGUUUUGUCAUAUCAGAUUGGCUAGGCAUUGACAAGAUUACUUCUCCUCCUCAUUCUAACUAUUCAUACUCUAUUCAAGCUGGUGUUGGUGCUGGAAUCGAUAUGAUCAUGGUUCCUUUUAAUUUCACCGAAUUCAUUGAUGUGCUGCAUUAUCAAGUAAAGAACGAUAUUAUCCCUGAAAGUAGAAUUGACGAUGCUGUGGAAAGAAUCUUAAGAGUAAAAUUUGUCAUGGGCUUGUUUGAGAAUCCUCUUGCUGAUCUAAGCCUGGUGAAUCAACUUGGUAGUGAGGAGCAUAGACAGUUAGCAAGGGAAGCUGUAAGGAAAUCUCUUGUGUUGCUAAAGAAUGGUAAAUCUGCUGAGAAACCUCUACUUCCCCUUCCCAAGAAAGCUGCAAAUAUACUGGUGGCAGGAAGUCAUGCUGACAAUUUGGGUUACCAAUGUGGAGGUUGGACAAUUACCUGGCAGGGAGCUGGUGGCAACAAUCUCACUGUUGGUACAACAAUUUUUGAUGCUGUAAAACAAACAAUUGAUCCUGCUACUAAUGUUUUCUACAAGGAAAGUCCUGACCCCACCUUUGUCAAGUCCAACAACUUUUCUUAUGCCAUAGUCAUUGUAGGGGAACCCCCUUAUGCAGAAACAUUUGGUGAUAGUUUGAAUCUAACUAUACCUGAGCCAGGUCCAAGCACCAUUACCAAUGUAUGUGAAUCUAUCCAAUGCGUGGUAGUUCUCAUCACUGGUCGUCCAGUAGUGAUUCAGCCUUAUCUAUCAAAAAUAGACGCUCUUGUGGCUGCAUGGCUUCCAGGAACUGAAGGCCAAGGUGUCGCCGACCUUCUAUUUGGUGAUUAUGGAUUCACCGGCAAGCUUGCAAGAACAUGGUUCAAGACAGUUAACCAACUUCCAAUGAAUGUUGGUGAUAAAAAUUAUGAUCCUCUAUUUCCAUUUGGAUUUGGGUUAACUACUAACCCCACCUAGCACUAAAACAAGAUUACUACUCAAAAGUCUCACGGUUCCUUUUCAGCAAGGAGAUUCGUAAUAGUCUUGGGCAGUGAAUGAUCACACGUGUAUGUUUGUAAUGAAAACCGUAGAGAAACUUAGCACUACAAAAGAAGCAUGUCAUUUAAAAUAAAAUUUACUGUUUGCUAAAA